AUGGGUAAAUUCCGCAAGCUUGGCCGCGACUACUCCCACCGCCUCUCCCUGCUCAGGACGAUGGUGUCACAGCUGGUGAAGCACGAGCGCAUCGAGACCACCCUCGCCAAGGCGAAGGAGGUCCGGCGGAAGGCGGAUCAGAUGGUGCAGCUAGGGAAGGAGGCAGUGGCUGUAAACAACCCAGCAAUCAUUUUUGCGAAGUAUGCGCAUAGGUUAGAAGUAUUUGUAAGAAAGAAAUCAGUGUUCCUAUAUUUGGCCGCUGCUGCUUCUCAGCAGCCGUUUACAGUCCUAUCUCAUGGAAUAAGUAGAUGGCAAGAGAAGGGGGGUGGGGGGGUGGAGGUGGACUGCCCAGCUGGUUGGGUUCUAAUUCUUAAAAGAGAGGAUAAAUUGACCGCAUUCCUUCUCCAUCUGUGCGAAGGGUGGCAACAAAUUGAAUUGAUUCACUGGCUGUAUGGGAGGCCUCAGUGGGCACCAGGGUUCCUCAUUGUGAAGGGCGAGCAUGGCGUGGAAGGGAACUCAGUGCAGAGGGCAAGCUUGCCUUGCAUGGGAGCUCAACAUGGAGGGCAAGCUCGGCGUGGGAGAGAUCAGUGUGGAGGGAAAGCUUGCUGUGAAAGAGAGCUCAGCAUGGAGGGCAAGCUUGCCAUCAAGGAGGAGCUUGGCACGGAGGAGAGAUGGGACCGGGAUCUCAGCAUGAAGGGCGAGCUUGACCCCGACAGGGAGCUCACAUCCGAGGACGAGCUUCCCACCAAUGGGGAGCUCAGCGCCAAGGAGAGCCAACCGUAG